GCCUUUUUUUUUUGACAUUGCUCAGUCGCGAACAAGCGUCAACUGAAGCAGCGGGCGAAUAUUACUGUGGAUGAUGAGGCGAGAAUAAUGAGUUCCCUCUGACGACACGUGGAUUAGAUCGAGAGAAAGAGUCGGCGCUGCGUGUGACUUGAGCCGCCGGACAGGACCAUGUUCCGGCAAACGAAGGCGGCGCUCGGGAAACUUCGACACCUACGUUUGAGUGGAGAGCAGCGCACAUGGAGGCUGAAGAGCACUUCAGCAGAGACGGCUCUUCGGUACCGACCGGGACAGAGAAUCCACGGCUUCACAGUCAAGGAGGUCGCGGCCGUUCCCGACUUGUUUCUCACGGCAGUGAAGCUGACCCACGACAGAACCGGAGCUCAGUACCUGCACGCGGCCAGAGAUGACUCCAACAACCUCUUCAGCGUCCAGUUCAGGACGACGCCCCUGGACAGCACGGGGGUUCCCCACAUCCUGGAGCACACGGUGCUGUGUGGCUCGGAGAAGUUCCCCUGCAGAGACCCCUUCUUCAAGAUGCUCAACAGGUCCCUGUCCACCUUCAUGAACGCCUUCACAGCCAGUGACUACACCAUGUACCCGUUCUCAACGCAAAACGGAAAAGACUUCCAGAAUCUUCUGUCCGUCUACCUGGACGCCGUGUUCUUCCCCUGUUUACGAGAGCAGGAUUUCUGGCAGGAAGGCUGGAGGUUGGAGAACGAAGAUCCCACGGAUCCCAACUCCCCCCUGGUGUUUAAAGGAGUCGUGUUCAACGAGAUGAAGGGGGUUUUCUCGGACAACGAGCGUCUGUACGCGCAGCACCUUCAGAACAAGCUGUAUCCAGACCACACGUACUCCGUGGUGUCGGGGGGAGAACCUCUGGCCAUCCCCGACCUGACCUGGGAGCAGCUCAAACGCUUUCACGCCACGCACUACCACCCCAGCAACGCCAGGUUCUUCACCUACGGAGAUUUGCCCCUGGAGCAGCAUCUGAAGCAGAUCAAAGAGGAAGCUCUGUCCAAGUUCGAACGCAUCGACCCGAACACGGACGUCCCGCCUCAGCCGCACUGGAGCAGCCCUAGAGAAGACCAUGUGACCUGCGGCCCUGACGCUCUGGCACCGGAUCCGUCCAGGCAGAACACGCUGUGUGUGAGCUUCCUGCUCGGAGACAUCACCGACACGUUUGAGGGAUUCACACUCGGCCUUCUGUCCGAUCUGAUGAUCUCUGGACCAAACUCUCCGUUCUACAAAUCUCUCAUCGAGCCCAAGAUAGGAACCGACUUCUCCUCCGUCGUCGGAUAUGACGGCAGCACCAAAGAAGCGUCGUUCAGCAUCGGCCUGCAGGGAAUGGCCGAGGAGGACACGGAGCGGGUGAAACGAAUCAUCAGCCAGACCAUGGAUGACAUUAUCGAGACCGGCUUCGUGGAGGAAAGAAUCGAGGCACUCCUCCACAAGAUCGAGAUCCAAAUGAAACACCAGUCCACCAACUUCGGUCUGUCCUUGGCCUCGUACGUGGCGUCCUCGUGGAACCACGGCGGUGACCCCGUGCAGCUGCUGCAGAUCGGCGACAGCGUUGCCAAGUUCAGACGGGCCCUGGCAGAAAACCCUCGUUUCCUGCAGGACAAAGUCAAACACUACUUUAAGGAGAACACUCACCGACUGACCCUGUCCAUGAGCCCGGACGAGGCCUACCUGGAGAAACAGGCCAAGGCGGAGGAGGAGAAGCUGCAGAGAAAGAUCCAGGCUCUGUCUGACAGCGACAGGAAGGAGAUCUACGAGAAAGGUCUGGAGCUGCUGGCCACUCAGAGUGAAACCCAGGACGCCUCCUGUCUGCCUGCUCUCAAAGUGUGCGACAUUGCGCCGACGAUCCCCGUCACUCCUGUUCAGAUCGGCAGCGCAGGCGGCGUGCCGGUUCAGUACUGCGAGCAGCCCACCAACGGCCUGGUCUACUUCAGAGCCAUGUGCAGCCUCAACACGUUGCCCGAGGAUCUCAGGCUCUACGUCCCGCUGUUCUGCAGCGUCGUCACCAGGAUGGGCUCUGGAGGUCUAGACUACAGGCAACAGGCCCAGCAGAUGGACCUGAGGACAGGGGGCAUGUCCGUCUCCACGGAGGUCAUCCCGGACUCCACCGAGCUGGACGUGUACGAGCAGGGCGUCCUGCUGUCCUCCUCCUGCCUGGAGAGGAACCUUCCUCACAUGUUCGAGCUGUGGAGCGACAUAUUCAACAGUCCCCGCUUUGACGACGAGGAGCGCCUGAGGGUGCUGGUGAUGAGGUCGGCGCAGGAACUGGCCAAUGGGAUCUCGUACUCUGGUCACAUGUACGCGAUGACCCGCGCAGGCUGUUACCUGACUCCGGCAGGAGACCUCCAGGAGACCUUUGGUGGAAUGGAACAGGUGAAGUUUAUGAAGAGGAUAGCGGAGAUGUCGGACCUCACCCAGGUGAUCCGAACGUUACCAAGGAUCAAGAAGCAUCUUCUCAACCCCGACAACAUGAGGUGUGCCGUCAACACAACUCCACAGAAACUGUCCGACUCGGCGACACAGCUGGAGACUUUCAUCAAGGACGUCGCUGCGAACCGGAAAGAACGCAAACCUGUCCGACCCAAUAUCAUCGAGAAACCACUCGACCCUCUUCGUGACUCUGGACCGAGCAGGAAACUAAUCUCUGAGCAGAAUUUCCAGCCGUGUCAGAUGAAAACCUUCUUCCAGAUGCCGUUUCCUGUGAAUUUCGUCAGCGAGAACAUACGGACGGUGCCGUUCUCCCACGAGGAUUACGCCAGUCUGUGUGUCUUAGCGAGGAUGAUGACGGCUAAAUUUCUCCACGGAGAGAUCCGGGAGAAAGGCGGAGCCUACGGCGGCGGCGCCAGGAUGGGAGGAGGCGGCCUGUUCACCUUUUACUCGUACAGGGACCCCAACUCAGUGCAGACGCUGUCCGCGUUCCGUAAAGGCGUCGACUGGGCCAAGUCGGGACAGUUCACCCAGCAAGACAUCGAUGAGGCCAAACUGUCAAUCUUCUCCGCCGUCGACUCACCUGUGGCCCCCGCAAACAAAGGAAUGGGUCGUUUCCUCAGUGGGAUGACGGAUGAGAUGAAGCAGAGUCACAGAGAAAGACUCUUCGCUGUCACUCAUGAAGACUUAGUGGGCUCGGCUGAAAGGUACUUGAGCGUCGGGCAGCGGACGUGUGGCGUCGCCAUCCUCGGCCCAGAGAACGAGACCAUAAAGAAAGAUCCCUCGUGGAUUGUAAAAUAAUAUGAUCAGUAGGUAUUUUUUUUCUCAUUGGAAACAUGAAUUGGACAGAUGUACUGUAAACCCGAAAUGUACAGUAGCUCUUAUUAUGAUUUAUUUUAAAUGGUGGCAGACAAGCUGAAAGCGCACACCACGAGGAGAAAGACCGUGGCCUGAGAAUCGUUAAUACUCAUAAUGUAUUUCCUGAGAUUAUCGCUUUUCUAUUGAUUUCAUUCUGUACAUAUUCUUGGAAAUGUAACUAUUACAUUUAUCAUGUUGAAAUAUAAAA